AUGCGCUUUGGACCUCUUGCUACUGCUCGAAGAUUCAUCCAGAUACCAAGAAUCUCAAGGCUGACGGGACUGAAUAUACCCGAUGAGAGAUUGGCGCCCACUAAAGAGGAACUCGAUAUCAUCGACCAACUACCUUUCUUUCAAAAGGAAUUUAAACCCACCAAUCGGAGUAUCACAAAGGCUAAAAGGGCUUAUUUGGACAAGAAACUACCAAUUGUACGGCAACUGUUUCCAAACCCACAAGACGAAGACUACCUUUCUUAUAAAAUCCCAGAAAAUCUGCCGAACCCGUUUCUGGAUGCCUAUGCCAGGGCCACGACGAAUCCAGUGACUGGAACUGUCGAGUAUGACGGCACGCCCAGACUUUCUGUGACCAAAUUGCUCACUAAAAGAUGGUGCGAACUUCGGGAAACUUACGAUAUCUAUUCCCAAGUCCCAAUCUUUGAACAUGGCCGAAUCUCACGGGGCCGCCGUGAACACCAAAAGCUUGAAGAUGAUGUUCAUUUGCCGCUCCAGAGUGUCGAAGAGUUUAAGGCCGAAUUUGAGAUAGAUAUACCGGACGACGCAUUUCAUACACUUGUGGAGGACUGGUUUCAGACCAUGACACGGCUUUUAACGCUUUUCCAAAAGGGCCAAGCCAGAGAAAUUCUGUGCCACGGAUACUUGAGCUCGAAAGCUUGUCGACUGCUUGACGGAAGCGUCAAGGACGAAGAAGAUGUUUUGAUCAGCGGCAUUAUCGAUCAUUUGAUUCUAAAAAAGCGGGAUGCCGCGACACUCUCACCUACACCUUUGAAACUGAAUUUGAGUAGCGCAGCAAGCUACGACUUGAGGCAAAUUUUAGAGGUCUUGCCUCAGCUGGUUCAAGACGCAAGCCAGGAAUUGGAGGUUAUUGUCAGUGACGUGAAGACAAGGUCCACAAAGACUAUUCCGCAGCAACAGACUGUCAUAAGUGCUUCAAAAACCCAAGUUAUGUAUUACAGGUACUUUUUGGAGAACCUCAGCUCGAAUGCCGAUCGGACUUAUCAAAAACUUCUCAUAAAUGCCGGAAGGCGUGGGUUCGAUGUAGACGCCCCUAUCAACCCCGCGAAAGUCAUUUACUUGAUGGAAGUCGAUUCGGUGAUUGAGCAAGAUAUGUUAAGAUUACAGAGUGGUGUCCCGAUCGGCUUUGCGCCUUUCGAUAGUUACAUCGAGAGCUGUGAUACUCAGAUGCAAUACACGCUGGAGGAUUUUGACGAUCUAAUUCAAGACUUGCGAACGCGACAAAAAUACGGUCACUUGUUCACCAAAUGGACUACCCCGGUGACGCUGCGAUAUUUUGCGGCCCGCCUUGCACAAAUGUAUACUAAUCUGAGUCCACUGCUUUCUACAAAUUUGAUGGUGGAGUAUUAUUCAGGGGACGUGAACUUUCAUAACAUUCUCUUCAAAUACGACCCUAAGGAGCUUGAGCGUGAGAGCGUCGAUAGUGCAAUGUUCUGGUUUGGAAAACGAAACAUUGAACCCAUCAAGCCCACGUUGAGAAAUUUCCUGACCUAUUGCAAGUAUUGCGAUUAUGAGAGCGUAUGCUUAUGGAAAAAAGAGGGCAAAGAUGCAUGUCGAAGCCUGGGUGACGACCUCACCGAUCUUGACCAAAAAGUAGAAGGAAAUGACUCAACGACGACAAAUUAA